UUUACGGUAUUUGUUGUCUGGGAGUGACUCCUGCACAGAGACACAAUGGAGCUGCAGCGACAGAGUAAAUACUGAAUCACUGCAUUCACACAAAGCCUUAUUUAUCUCUGACAGUGUUAUGGUAAAGUAAUGCUGUCUGCGGGCUGCUAGCACCAUGCAAAACGCUUGUUUUAGCACUGAAGAGUUAACUUCGUUACUUAGAUAUUUAGCUAACAGUCCUGCUAGCCGGCUAAGUUAGCCUCGAUAAGCUAAGCACCUGCCUCUGUGUUACAUCUGCUAGCUUGAUAUCAAAGGUAUUAUUAUGGAGUUUCCUUUUGAUGUUAACCAGUUAUUCUCUGAGAAGGUCUCCAUCUUGGACCAGAGCCUUUUAGGAAGUCGUAAAUCUGCCUCACGUCCAGAUCUACAAGCUCACAUCGCCACUGUUAUUGAUGAACUGGGGAGAGCCUCAGCUAAGGCUCAGCAGCUCACUGCUCCAAUAACAAGUGCUUCAAAACUGCAGACUCAGAGACAUCAGCUGUACCUGAUGAAGGAUGGAGAGAGCAACGGGGGACGGGGAGUGGUCGUUGGAUUUCUUAAAGUCGGCUACAAGAAGUUGUUCCUGCUGGACAGACAGGGGGCUCACAUAGAGGCCGAGCCGCUGUGUGUGUUGGAUUUCUUCAUAUCAGAGAACGUGCAGAGACACGGCUACGGGCUGGAGCUCUUUGACUUCAUGCUGCAGCAUAAGAGUUUAGAACCGACCCUGAUGGCGUACGACCGGCCCUCGCCUAAACUCCUGUCCUUCCUGGCGAAACAUCACUGUCUGACUCAGAGUGUUCCUCAGGUGAAUAACUUUGUGGUGUUUGAAGGAUUCUUCCAGAACAGAUCAGGCUCUGUCUGCGCUCCUCUGACGGAUCAGGGCAUGUACGGAUAUUUCGGCCCAGUUGAGAAAGGUUCCCCUCAGAAAGCCGGACGGAGAUAUCAAACCCUACUCUGUGAUGGAGAGAGAAGCGGUGCGACGAGAGCAGAGGGUUCCUCCGUGGCCGUUUGUUCCGCCUCACUCCCCCCAGCGAUCGGUAUCCUCCCAGUACUCCCCUCCCCUCAGCGUGAGCUCUUCCCCCAGCAGGGCCUCCACUCGAGCCGCUCCGCUGUCUGCCCAUCAGUCCCCCCUCCUCGAGCGCUGCAGGGCAAGACGCACCAGGGUCUGGUAGCGAGACGCAGCCUGUACAGUCGACACCUGGACAUUAGAGCUGCCGGUCUGCAGGACACACACCUGACAGGUGUGAGAGCUGUGGAGGAUCAGUCACAGGCAGCCGGACACACAGGCACACACAGGUUGGCCACUAUUCACACUCCUAUAACCAGGUCCCGCCUCCUCUCGCCUCCUCCUCCUCAGUCUGCGUCCAUCACAAAGGACGUCUCAGAGACACAGCCGGGUCCAUCUGAUGAAGAGGAGGACGGGAUUAAGGACAGAGAUCAGCAUCCAGGAGGAGCAGGAGGAGGAGGAAGCCGAGCAGCAGCAGAAGGAGGAGCAGGAGGAGACUUGCUGUCCAGUCAGAGAUGUCCCUCACGGGACAGAGACAGAGGAGUGUGGUCGUGGACUGUAGGAGAGAAUUGUUUCAGCGCUCAGUGGGUCAAACAGAGGCAGGAGCGGAGGAGCACACGGCCGUGGUGACCAGAGAGAGAGAGACUGAUGAUGAGCGACAGGUGGUAACAUGUGAAGACUGA